GCCACAUAUUCAGCCAGUCUACUACCCACAGUCGACUUACUUCGAGCUCUUCACUUCUUCCUCCUCCGACCUCAGUUCUUUCCUUUGCCCAGCAGACAUGUUCGCCCGUAUCUUCACCAUUGUUUCUGUUGCGAUGCUCGUUGCGGCGCAGCCGCACGGUCGUGGUCUGCCCGUGCUCGGUGGCAUCCUUGGUGGUGGUGGCGGCGGUGGCGGUGGGGCGACGGUCACCGUCACUGUCCCCGGCGAGUGCCCGACGGUUACGCAGACGGUGACCGUCACCGGGAGCGGCACUUGGGGUGUGCCUACCUCCAGCAGCACUUGGGGUGUGCCGACUUCGAGCAGCACCUGGGGCGUUCCUAGCUCCAGCAGCUCCAGCGUGCACUCGUCGUCGACUUCCAAGUCGGACGAGCACACCAGCUCGAGCUCUGUCCCUACUUGGGGCCCAACCGGCACGCCCACUUGGACGUCCAAGACCGAGGACCCCACCUCCAAGACCUCGACGACGUCCCACAGCAGCGUCAACACGUCGACCUGGGGCACGAGCAAGACCGAUACGACGUCGGCGACCUGGGGUACUGGAUCCAGCUCGGUGCCGUCGUCGUCGUCGACCUCAAAGGACACCGGGAGCACUACCUGGACAAGCGAGCCCACGAAGCCUACCGACCCGGGUAAUGGUGGCGGCCAGUGCAACUCGGGCACGGUCAAGUGCUGCAACUCAGUGAAGAAGGUCAAGGAUGUUGGCUCCGCUGGACUUAUUGCCGGGCUGCUCGCCAUCGGUGGUCUCAAUCUCGACAGCCUUGUGGGCGUCCAAUGCAGCCCUUUGUCCGUCAUCGGCGUCGGUGGUAACUCUUGCUCGAGCCAGGUCGCCUGCUGUAGCAACAACACCUACAACGGCCUCAUCAACAUCGGCUGUGUUCCCAUUAGCAUCAGCCUUUAAGCGAGGCGCUUAGCAUGAACCCUACUGGACUGACCUCCUUCGCUCUGUUGAUAUAUAUCUGACCUGCGUCGCUCUUUUCUAUGCAUUAUCGUACGCUAUGGCUCCCUAAUCUCCUUAUGCUACCGAUAUGGACUCUGUUGCUAUUGACUUUAUCAUGAAUACAAGUAUUCGCCGG